UUGAAAAACAAUUAAAAGCGCAAUUAAAAAACUCGUUGCAAACUACUUAAAAGAAACAAGUUAAUUAUAAUUCACUUAAUGCCCGCCCCGUGUGCUCAGACGACGCCGUGCAACAGAGACUGCUUCGUUAAGCUAUUAAUCAUGCUAAUAUAUUAGCCAAGUGAAAUUCAAUUUGAAACGCAGCGCGAGUACACAGCACCGUAUGAGGCGCAGGGCGGCAGGACGCCAAGCAAUAUAUAAGAAAAAUUACCCGAAAAUACCAACGAAACCGACAACACGAACAACCACAACAACAUCAAGCUGCAGGCAGUGAGACGAGAAAUUGCAUUCGACGGGAACUCGAACAGCAGACAGCGACAGCGACAACAACAGCAACAGCAACAGGAGCUGCAGCUGGAGCUGGAGCUGUGCAGCCCCCGAGAACCCCAGGACGAGGAAGCCGCACCUUGCUAAGAGGCGUGAGAAUGAGGCGUCGACUUCUGCGGGCGGAAAUGGAGCAGGAUAUGGAACAAGAACUGAAAGUGGAAUUGGAACUGGAACUGGAAUUGUGUACCAAGUCAACCGCAUCGCUCUUUAAUUAGAUUGCUGCCAACACCAUGGCCAUGGCCAUGGCCGUGGGCAGUGCUGAGCCUCCACAGCUGGCGGCGCCGGAAGCGAAUGCCGCUGGGCCUGGCAUUGUGGAGCCAGUGCUGGCGCUGCUGCGCAGCGAUGUGGUCAAUCAGACGCGUGCGCCGGUCUUCUACAACAGCUACAACAUCUCCGAGGAUGUCUUCUACUACUUCAACGGCUUCAAUCCGGCGCCAGCCAGCACGGAGUCAACGUUGAGCACGAACAGCACGAGCGGAGCGACAGCCGAGCCCACACUGGAGCCGGAUCUGGCUGACUUCCUGGAGGCGCUGCCCAACGAUCGAGUCGGGCUGCUGGCCUUUCUCUUCCUCUUCUCGUUUGCGACCGUCUUCGGCAACUCCCUGGUCAUCCUGGCUGUCAUCAGAGAGAGGUACCUGCACACGGCCACCAACUACUUCAUCACGAGCCUGGCGGUGGCCGACUGCCUGGUGGGUCUGGUGGUGAUGCCAUUCUCGGCGCUGUACGAGGUGCUGGAGAACACGUGGUUCUUUGGCACUGACUGGUGCGACAUCUGGCGCUCCCUGGACGUGCUCUUCAGCACGGCGUCGAUACUGAACCUGUGCGUCAUCUCCUUGGAUCGCUACUGGGCCAUUACGGAUCCCUUCAGCUACCCCAUGCGGAUGACGGUGAAGCGUGCCGCUGGCCUGAUUGCCGCUGUCUGGAUUUGCUCGAGCGCCAUCAGCUUUCCUGCCAUUGUCUGGUGGCGGGCCGCUAGGGAUGGCGAGAUGCCCGCCUACAAGUGCACCUUUACCGAGCACCUGGGCUAUCUGGUGUUCUCUUCCACCAUAUCCUUCUACCUGCCACUGCUGGUGAUGGUGUUCACCUACUGUCGCAUCUACCGCGCGGCCGUCAUCCAGACGCGCUCCCUUAAGAUCGGCACCAAGCAGGUAUUGAUGGCCUCUGGCGAACUGCAGCUGACGCUGCGCAUUCAUCGUGGCGGCACCACCCGAGAUCCGGCGCCCAACACACAUCAAGUCUCGAGUGGUGGCGGUGGCGGUGGCGGUGGUGGCGGCGGCUCCCUCAGCCACUCGCACUCGCACCAUCAUCACAACCACAGCGGCGGCACAACGACAUCCACGCCCGAGGAGCCGGACGACGAGCCGCUAUCAGCGCUGCACAACAACGGGCUGGCUAGACAUCGACACAUGGGCAAGAACUUCUCGCUCUCGCGCAAGCUGGCCAAGUUUGCCAAGGAGAAGAAGGCGGCCAAGACGCUGGGCAUUGUGAUGGGCGUGUUCAUUGUGUGCUGGCUGCCGUUCUUUGUGGUGAAUCUGUUGUCCGGCUUCUGCAUCGAGUGCAUCGAGCACGAGGAGAUUGUCUCGGCGAUUGUGACAUGGCUGGGCUGGAUCAACUCCUGCAUGAAUCCUGUGAUCUACGCCUGCUGGAGCAGAGACUUUCGCAGAGCUUUUGUGCGACUCCUGUGCAUGUGCUGCCCCCGCAAGAUACGCCGCAAAUAUCAGCCCACAAUGCGCUCCAAGUCACAGUGCCACGUCGCUGCCGCCAUGGUGGCCGCCUCAACAUCCUUUGGCUACCACUCUGUCAACCAGCUGGACCGCAACCUCAUGUGACGUCAGCCCAGCAGCUGCAGCACUUGCAGCGGCAGCAGCAACUGUGGCGCCGGUGUCGGCUCCGGCUCCGGCUCGGGCGCCCGCAACUCUCAUCAAUACCAUUCGUCGGCGGCGGCCACGCCCUCAUCUUCGCAGCGCUCGUGCACGCGCUGCCAGAGCUUCCACCGGCACCACCAUCGCUCCAGGCGCCGCAGCUCAGGCAUGCAGCUGCGCGGCGACUACAACUCGACGUCGGCGGUGAACAGCGCCGCCAAAACGCUGGUCACCAUCACAGCGCCACCGGCGGCGGCUGCCUCGGCCAGCUCGCUACAUCUGGGCAGGCCCACAUCGAUGUCCACGCUGACGCUGGCCUCGGGGCCGACGUCGCUGCUGCUGGACGCUACGUUGGGUGAUGGUGGCAUAAAGGCUGGAUCCGUUAGCGCUGCCAAUACCCCAGUUGCACCACCAGCAGCAGCUGCCAAACACACCAGCUUUGCUCUGACGCCCACCAUAAUGGGCGCAUCACAGUCGCAGUUGCAGUCGCAGUCGCAGUCGGGCUCGGGUCACCAUGUCUCGUUUAUGCCCUUGCCGUUACCCAUGAUGGGCAUCAAGCGUUUGCGCGACUCCAACUCCAACUCGUCGCUUAGCUCACCAGCUGCGGCAGCGGCUACGACCAAGUCUAUGGCGACCGGCUCGGCACCGUCUCUGGUAGAGGCUGCCGAGUCGCCGAGCGAGAGGAAACACACAGUGCUGGAGAUGCGCCAGAGCGUGCAGAGCCAGAUUACCACGCUGGAGGAUGUGGACGAUGAGCUGGAGAGCGAGGACAAUACCGACAGCGACAGCGUGGGCGUGGCUCUGGUGCAGACAACGCCGCAGCUGGAGUACCAGGCGGGCAUCGGCUCGAGCUCCUCGAGCACCUCGAUAAAGUAACCGUAUUAGUGAUAAGAUCUGCAUAGUUAUACGUGUCUAUUGAGCUAAUAACUUGACGAUCUCGGUGUGCCCCACCAGGGGCGAAUACGUGUUUUAGUUUAUUGCAUAAGUAGUUAAACAUAGCCGUCAUAUCUUAGCUCUUCCAUUGAUAGAAUAUAUGUUUGUCCUAAGCACCUUUCUUCAUGCAUCUUGUAAAUGCUCCUCCUCUCAUCUUCCACUUGACUCUACCUGAACGCUAUGGCCCCAGCCUGUCCUCGUACCUGACACGCUCGCCCUCUUUCCCUCUCUUGCCAGUUGAACUUGAAGCCUUAAAGUAUAUCACUCCCAUUUCAUACUCUACAAUAUUACGGGUGCAAAAGAAUUUAAGCCUACCAAAUAACCAAUCGUAUAGCUAAAGGCCAGGUUGAUGCACAAUUUUGUACGUAACUUGAGUUACCUGUCGCAAUCGGGUUUCCUCAAUCAGGCCAGUUAAACAUGUCUAAAUGUGAUGUCUACUACUACUAUAUUGUCUACURCUAUAGGACACAAGAGAUUACAUAAACACAGAUUAAAUGGAUAUAAAACACAAAGUUCAACUUAAGCAGAAAUAGGAUAAAAUCAUCACCGCACGGUCAAAGUUCAUAAAAUGGGUAUUCGCUUAUCAUAAGUAGCCGAAGUUAUUCGCAUCUUCAUCCAAGCUCCAAGCGGCAAGAAAUAAAAAUAAAAUAAAUACAUUUAUAUUAAAUAAUUAUUAGAAUAAGUUAGCUGACAUAAGUGAGCUGCUCGCAGCAUAUAAAUUUAGUUAAGAUAACUGUACUCACAGUCUAAGCUAGCUAUAGUGGUUUCAGUUAUAUUUGACUCUUCGGUUGGCCGUUAUCAAACAGCGUAACAUUUUCUAAACUGGUUGCAGAGGCAAACUAAGUAAACACUGAAUACAACACCAAUAGUUGAAUAAAGCGCGGAUCAUGGACAGAUUAAGCAUACUUAAUAUAUAGCAAACAUAGGCAUACAUACAUACCAUUACAGACAUACAUGUAUAGACGUACGAAUUGGGUACCCAUUCUCUAUGCUCUAAAAAUAAUACAAACAUUUAGAAAGGCAACUGCAUUCCAAUGCACUAAGCGGAUUUACAUAAAAAAAACAUGCUCAUUGUUUAAAAAAC